AUGACAAUUGAAUGUCAUGUAGAAUUAUAUGAAGUAGAUAAAAUUGGAAUAAGGAAACCACGGACGGUAAUCGAAAACAAAACAGAAAUCGGAUUUCGUGAUCAGGAAAGUCUACUGGCAGUUGAGGAAAAGGAGCUACAAACUGCUAUAGCGUUGAGCAAUAAAGAAUUCGAGCAGGCGAUGGCUAAGCAGCAAAAGAAGGCUAAGGAGGAACAGAAGAAAAAAGAGACUUUUUCAUGUACUAUUUGUUUGCUAGAGUAUGGAGAGGAAGGAGACAGAACGCCACGAGUUUUGGAUUGCGGACACACUUUAUGCCUUGGUUGCUGCAAACAGAUUGUCCAAUCAAAUCAAAUUCAGUGUCCAUUUUGUCGAGUCGACACACAGCUUACUGGACGGACAAUCUCCAAUCUCCCGAAGAAUUAUCUGGCUCUCAGCUUGUAA